AUGGCUCUUAUUAUUCCUAUCAUUUUCACUCUGGUGCUCCUGUUGAUUGUGAAAAGUUACAAGAGAAUAGUGUGGAUCUUCAAAGUUAAUGAAUAUGGAAAAAGACUCCCUGGCCCUCCGACACAAUCAUUAUUUGGAAAUGUUGGAAGCUUUGCUGAUAAGGAUACUAUUCAAAUGCUAGAUUACAUAGUGGAAACUGCAAAUGAGUAUCGUAAAAAAGGAGAAAAAAUAAUGAGACUUCAAUUCAUUGGAAAGUUACUUGUACUACCAUUAGACGGUAAAACUGCUCAGACAAUGCUCCAAUCGACAACUGAACUGGAUAAAGGCGAUGAUUAUGAGUUUCCAAGGGCGUGGCUGGGUAGAAGCGUACUAUUGGAUGGAUACGGAGAAAGGUGGAAGAGUCAUCGGAAACUGGUGACGCCUACUUUCCACUUUGCGAAGUUGGAAGGAUAUUUGGAGGUUUUCAAUCGGGAGACAAAGGUUAUGAUUGACCUACUCGAGAAUUAUGCAACAUCUGGUGAAACUGUUGACCUAUUCCAUUAUAUCAAACGAUGUACUUUGGACGUGAUUUGUGGAACUGCGAUGGGGAUUACUGUAGAUGCACAACAUAAUCCAACUCAUCCUUAUGUGGAAGCAGUAGAAGGAUUUAAUAAGUUAUCGGUCGAUUUCAUCUUUUGGCUCCUCGGAUACCAGAAACAAAAGGACGACUACGUCCAAACAAUGAAAAAGUUCACUGGAGAUGUAACUGCUGAACGGAGAGCUGCCUUGGCGUCUGGAGAAGUUGAGCAACACUCAUCGAAACGAGAUAUGAACUUCCUCGAUAUUCUUCUGUGUAGCAAUGAAACAAAAGACUGGACAGAGGAAGAUAUUCGAGAGGAAGUAGACACUUUCAUGUUCGCUGGACAUGACACAACUGCCACCUCGUUCUCGUGGCUCUGCUGGAAUCUGGCACAUAAUCCGGAUAUUCAAGAGAAAGUUUAUGAAGAGAUAAUUGGGAUUUUUGGAGAGAAUCCGGAAGGAGAUGUGACAUCGGAGGAUCUAAAAAAGUUGGAUUACACUGAGAGAGUGUUGAAGGAAUCAAAGCGGAGAAUCGCACCAGUUCCAGUGGUUCAAAGGAAAUUGAGGGAGGAUAUGGAAAUUGGUGGCCACAAAAUCCCAGCUGGAGUCAAUGUAUCCAUCUCCCCAUCUAUUUUCCAUUGCAACCCUGAAGUCUUCCCGAACCCUGAAACAUUCGAUCCAGAUCGCUUCCUUCCUGAAAACAUGGACAAGCGAAACGCCUACGACUACAUCCCGUUCUCAGCUGGUUUGCGUAAUUGUGUCGGUCAGAAGUUUGCUCAACUCAAUGAAAAAGUCUUGUUGAUUCAUAUGUUGAAGAAUUAUAGAAUUGAGCCAAUGUUGGGAUUCAUGGGCACGAGACCGACUAUGGAGAUUGUAUCGAAGCCAUCAAAUGGAAUUCCUGUAAAGUUGAUUAAGCGGUGA